AUGCCGUUGGACACACUUCCUGGUUGGCUAAACGCUGUGGCCUGUGGGCUUCUGUUUCUUCUCCAAGUGCAUGUGGCAGGUAUUAGUGAAAAGUCAGCCAUCCCCAUCAGGACUACCCACACAGGACAGGUGCAGGGCAGUCUUGUCCACUUGAAUGACACCACAGAGGAUGUCUACACCUUCCUGGGAAUCCCCUUUGCAAAGCCACCUCUAGGAAAGCUGAGAUUUUCACCCCCUGAGUCUCCUGAACCAUGGAGUGGUGUGAGGGAUGGGACUACCUACCCAGCCAGGUGUCUACAAAAUUCUGAAACAGUGAAUGUAGAGAGUCAGGGGAUGAAUUCGAGCAUGGCUCCCAUCUCUACAUCUGAAGACUGCCUGUAUCUCAACAUCUACACACCAGCUCAUGCCAAUGAGGGCUCUAACCUACCUGUGAUGGUAUGGAUCCAUGGUGGUGCAUUGGUUAUGGGCAUGGCUUCCAUUCAUGAUGGAUCCAUGCUGGCAGCCAUUGAGGAUGUGGUAGUGGUCACUGUCCAGUAUCGCCUGGGUAUCCUGGGCUUCUUCAGCACUGGAGAUGAGCAUGCCAGAGGCAACUGGGGCUACCUGGACCAAGUGGCUGCCCUGCACUGGGUCCAGAAGAACAUCGCCCACUUUGGAGGCAAUCCUGACCAGGUCACUAUUUUUGGAGAGUCUGCAGGAGGCACAAGUGUGUCUUCACAUGUUGUGUCCCCCAUGUCCCAAGGACUUUUCCACAGAGCCAUCAUGGAGAGUGGGGUGGCCCUGAUGCCUGACCUUAUCUCCAACACCUCUGAGGCAGUCUACACAAUGGUGGCCAAUUCAUCUGGUUGUGAGGCUGUGGACUCAGAGACCCUGGUGCACUGUCUGAGAAACAAGAGUGAAGAGGAGAUUCUGGCUAUUAACAAGGUCUUCAAGAUGAUCCCUGCUGUGGUAGAUGGGGAGUUCCUACCCAGGCAUCCCCAAGAGUUGUUGGCUUCUGUGGAUUUUCACCCUGUUCCCAGCAUCAUCGGUGUCAACAACGAUGAAUAUGGUUGGCUUCUCCCCAUGAUCCUAGGCUCUGAUCAAACAAUAAAGGAUAUAACCAGAGAGACCCUGCAGGCUGUUCUGAAGAGCACAGCAACACAAAUGAUGCUGCCUCCCGAAUGUAGUGACCUGCUAAUGGAAGAGUACAUGGGGGACACUGAAGACACCCAGACCCUCCAAAUACAGUUCAAAGAAAUGAUGGGGGACUUCUUGUUCAUUAUCCCUGCACUCCAAGUAGCAAAUUUUCAGCGUUCCCACACCCCUGUCUACUUUUAUGAGUUCUGUCAUGAGGUCAACUUCUUCAAAGAUGUCAGGCCACCCCACGUGAAAGCUGACCAUGGUGAUGAGGUUCCCUUUGUCUUUGGGUCCUUCUACUGGGGUGUGAAACUUGACCUUACUGAGGAGGAGGAGCUGCUGAGCAGGAGGAUGAUGAAGUACUGGGCCAACUUUGCACGACAUGGGAACCCCAACAGCAAGGAUCUACCCUACUGGCCUGUGUUUGACCAUGAUGAGCAGUACCUGCAGCUGGACAUUCAGCCUACUGUGGGACAAGCCCUGAAGGCCAGAAGGCUGCAGUUCUGGACCAAGACUCUGCCCCAGAAGAUCCAGGAGCUAAAGGGGUCUCAGGAGAAUCACAAAGAGUUGUAGUACCCUGUGAGAGAAAUGGUGUAGAGGGUUGAGUAUACAUGGAGUCAGCCUAACAUUCUUAGAAAUGCUAGAAUUCUUAGAAAUCCUGGUUAGAAUCUAACAGUCUUGUAACCAUCCCUUACCUCUACAGCCAUCCAUUUGGCCAACAUGUAUGACAAACCCUUAGUGUAUCACUUACUACUCAACAUGCUGGGACACCUUUUAUGAGACCCACUCAGUAAAUGCUCCCAUGACUAUGUAGAUGUGUGAUCCCCUAAGUGUCCCAAUCUUCUUUCACAGUCUACUGGGACCAGGCUCCUUCCUUCCUUUCUUCAUCUGCUCUCAUGCUCUCCUCUUCUCCAAGCCCCAGACUUUCUUCAAAUGGAACAGAUGCUUUGGA